AUGUCAGACGAGAAGCGGCCAGUCAUCAUUGUUGGCCACGGCCUAGCUGGUCUAGUCGCCGCCUAUGAGCUAUCGAAGCGAAAAAUCCCAACCAUUAUUCUUGAUCAGGAAAAUGUCAACAAUAUUGGAGGCCAAGCUUUCUGGUCCCUAGGUGGCCUCUUCGUGGUAAACUCGAGCGAGCAGCGACGAGUGGGCAUCAAAGACUCGCGCGAAUUGGCCAUGCAAGAUUGGCUCAAUUCCGCACAGUUUGACCGUGAACACGAGGAUCACUGGCCGCGACAAUGGGCAAAAGCUUUUGUUGAUUUUGCUACAGAUGAGAUGGAAAACUACGUCAAAGGUCUAGGCUUGGGAUUCAUGUUCAAUGUUGGCUGGGCAGAGCGAGGUGACGGGAGGGCAGACGGCCAUGGCAAUUCCGUGCCGAGGUUCCAUCUUACGUGGGGCACUGGUCCCGAGGUGGUGCGAAUCUUCAAGGAACCAGUUUUACAGGCUGAGAAGGACGGUAUUAUUCAGUUCAAGCACCGGCAUGCAGUGGAUGAAAUCAUUGUUGAUGAAAAGACGGGCAGAGCGGUUGGCGUCAAGGGCCGCAUCUUGGAAGAAGAUGAUGCUAUACGAGGCGUCAAGACGUCGCGCACCGCAAUUGACACCUUUGAGCUUCGAGGCGCAGCUGUUCUGGUAUCGUCCGGUGGCAUUGGAGGCAAUGUUGAAGCUGUGAAGGCUUCGUGGCCAGUUGAUCGCCUCGGCCCCAAGGUCCCAAAGAACUUUGUUGUUGGCGUACCGGCUCAUGUCGAUGGACGAAUGGUUGGCAUCUCAGAAAAGGCUGGCGCACAUCUGAUAAAUCGCGAUCGCAUGUGGCACUACACGGAGGGACUCCAAAACUGGAAUCCCAUAUGGCCGAAUCACGGUAUUCGUAUCCUUCCGGCUCCUUCGUCUCUGUGGCUGGAUGCUGCUGGUAACAGGCUGCCGCCGUACCUCUUCCCAGGCUCAGACACGUUGGGCACCUUGAAGCACAUCUGCCAUACCGGUUACGACUACACAUGGUUCAUUCUCAACCAGACCAUCAUUGCCAAAGAGUUUGGCCUGUCGGGCUCUGAACAGAAUCCGGACAUUACAGGUAAGAGCAUUUGGCAGCUCCUGGGGCGAAUCUUUAGCGGCAAGGGCCCUGUGCCGGUGCAAAACUUUAUGCAGCACGGCAAGGAUUUUAUUGUCAAGGAUUCCCUUGAGGAGUUGGUGGAGGGUAUGAAUGGGCUUGCAGCUGAGAGAAACGGACCAAAACUGCAAUUCGACAAGAUCAAGAAGGUCAUCGACACGAGAGACUCUCAGUUCGAUAAUGCAUACUCCAAGGAUGCGCAAGCCAUGUUGAUUAACAAUGGCCGAUUAUAUUGGCCGGACAAAUUGUCGCGGGUCGUAAAGCCGCACAAAAUCUUGGACAAGUCCAAGGGGCCGCUCAUUGCGGUGCGACUGAACCUGCUUACGCGAAAGACUCUGGGAGGGAUCGAGACCAACCUGCAGAGCAAUGUGAUGCGUGCAGAUGGAAGUGCGUUUCCGGGUCUGUAUGCAGCUGGCGAGGUGGCUGGGUUCGGCGGCGGAGGUGUUCACGGCUACAACUCGCUCGAGGGCACAUUUUUGGGAGGAUGCAUCUUCUCAGGUCGCGCUGCUGGGCGAGCGAUGGCGGAUGAAGUUGCUGGAGCAGCAGCAGCACAGGCUCGAUUGUGA